AUGGUUUAGAUUUGGAGUUUUAUCAUGCUUGUGCUAUCUAUUUCAAUCAAAGUUGUUUUAAGAUCAAUCGCUCUACUUGGCAUUAACUUAAUGGGAUAUUCACUUUCUACUUAUGCUGUUGUAGCCAGAGAUGAUGACGGAUUAAUUUGUGUCUAUAAUCUUAGUGGGAAUUUAGCAACCUACUUCUUCUAAUUAUCUAUAUUUUUAAAUGCUCUAAGGUGGAUCAUUCUAGUGCUUGAUCAUAAACAAGUCAAACUCAGUGAGUUUGGAUUAUAUAUUUGCAGAUUUCUUAUACUGUUUGAUCUGAGUUACUUGACAGCAAUUAUAAUUUUCUAAUCAUAUAACAUUUGCACUCUGUAGCAAGAAAAUAUUACUCUGUACAAACUGGCUUUAAUUUUGUUUGGAGUUGGACUUUAAAUAACCAAUCUUUGGAUUGUCAUCACCUUGGGUUAUUCUUGCUAUUUCUUUUGCACAUACUACCAAUAGCAAAUAAAAAGAAACCCUAAUAGGUAUCAUGAUGAAGAAGUAAAUCAAAUAUAAAAGAGCUCUUAUAGAAUCACUAAGUUUUUCAUACAACUGAUUUUCAUCAUCAUAGUCAGAUAAAUACCCUACAUGAUGAAUAUGUUUACUGUGAUUUUUAAUGCUGAGAAGGACAUUAGUGUAUCAAUGUAUGUAUAUACUAUACUCUACUUUGUCCCUGAAUUGGCUUUAAUUGCCAUAAUGUCUUAGUCAAUAAGAUGGUCAUUAUUUACAUAUUAAAAAUACCUCCUUUAAGAAUCAGUUAAGAAGGAUACCAUGACAGAUGAUGAGUCUUUGCAGAAGAGAGACUCAAUUAUUGAAGAUAGAUCUCAUCUUCUCUAUGCAAUCUGCGAGGAUGACUCUUUCUCAAACUCAUCUCUGAUAAACUGA